AUGGUUUCUCGCUCGAGCGAAGUAAGUGAGGGGCAGCGCCCCCUCACCCCCUCCAGGGCGUCCGGUACGCCGAUUAAGCCGCGAUUGGCUCGAGCCGGCACCAGCCCAACAAAGAAAGAUGAGAAACCGAAGGAGGAUAAAAUGGUGAAGUCGUCCGCCAAGGAUGUUGCAGAGCUCAAGGACUAUCAAUUGGGCGACUGCCUGGGCAGAGGAGCCUUCGGAUCCGUCUACCGAGCACUGAACUGGAAUACCGGAGAGACUGUCGCUGUUAAACAAAUAAAACUGGUGGAUCUCCCAAAAAGCGAACUACGAGUUAUUAUGCUGGAAAUUGAUCUCCUGAAAAACCUGGAUCAUCCCAACAUUGUCAAGUACCACGGAUUUGUUAAGUCUGCGGAAACUUUAAACAUUAUCCUGGAAUAUUGUGAGAAUGGCUCAUUACACUCCAUCGCAAAGAACUUUGGCCGCUUCCCAGAGAAUCUUGUUGGUCUUUACAUGUCGCAAGUCCUUCACGGGCUCCUAUAUCUACAUGAACAGGGUGUCAUCCAUCGUGAUAUAAAAGGUGCCAACAUCUUGACAACAAAGGAAGGGUUAGUUAAAUUGGCUGAUUUUGGCGUCGCGAGCCGCACAACGGGUUUGAGCGAGUCAAGCGUCGUUGGUACACCAUAUUGGAUGGCCCCCGAAGUUAUCGAGCUCUCUGGUGCAACCACCGCCUCCGAUAUCUGGAGUUUGGGAUGUACAGUCAUUGAGCUUCUUGAGGGAAAGCCCCCAUAUCACAACCUACAACCGAUGCCUGCAUUGUUCCGCAUUGUCAAUGAUGAUCAUCCUCCACUUCCACAGGGUGCCUCGCCGGCUGUCAAAGACUUCUUGAUGCAAUGCUUUCAAAAAGAUCCCAAUCUGCGUGUUUCGGCAAGGAAGCUGCUGAAGCAUCCCUGGAUCGUCAAUGCACGCAGAUCUGACUCAGUUGUCCCCAAGAAAUCUACAGAAUAUGAAGAGGCUGUCAAAAGUGUACAAGAGUGGAACGAGGCCUUGCGGUCUCCUGGUGCUGGUACCUCGAGAAAGAGUAACAGGUUUGACCCGAAUGCUGCGCCCAUGCCAGCGGCCCGAAACAGUUCACUGGUAGAUACGCUUCCAUCUCCAACUUCCAUCAAAGCAGCAGAUAGAUUUCGUUCUCCGGAAUCUGCUGAAGAUGACAACUGGGAUGAUGAUUUUGCUACUGCUAUCUCUCCUAGCGCGCUUCGGCUGCCUCAUCUCCGUCCUCAUGAUAACUUCGGAGGCAUGCUUUCCUCGGAGAGGCUCAAAGCAUUUGCCUCGCUUGAUGGGACUGUUCUGAGAACAGAGGAUAGCUUCGAAGACUUUGAAGAUAUUUCAAGAGGCUCAUUACAGCCGGCAGAGAAUGACCCUCUCCAGACAAUCCGCCCUUAUUCGGCCAAGUCGGCCGUGGUCGAACCUUCGAAAUCGCAAAGCCCUACCCGCAGGCCGCCCAACAAGACUCCAGUAUCUGGGUUGCAAAACGUGCCCAUUCUUACACAGAACCCUGUGCCGCCGAUGAGACGGCCUCGUCCAGCAGCCCUCUACAAGGAAAAUUCUGUAGAAGAUUACACGGAUCUCAUCAUGGCAAAUGAGGACGUGCUUGACCGAAAACUUGGCGUAUAUCAGGAUUUUGAUGACGAUCCUGCUUCGCCUACUCACGAUAUAGAUUACGAUGCAUUUGAGGAGACCCUUAAUGGUCAUCAUCCUCAGCUGCGCAAGCAACUCUCGGUAAAGCGUGACCGGUCUACCAUCGAAAUUCAAAAAUUUGCCGAAAAUGAAACCGAUGAAGACUUUUCAGAUAUCCUUGGGGCCGACCAGGUAGCUCUAGAUAAGACAGAGAGUGAUGACGGUUCGGACCAAAGUACACUGAUGUUAAAUUCAAAGUUGUCCAACAAUUCGUGGCUGGGUGAUCAGGAUGACGACGAUGAUCCAUUUGCGCAAUUGGAGGAGGGAUUUGAUGAGAUGGACCUGGAGGCCAACAUUGCCCGGGAUAAAUACGCACGUCUACGCAACCAAGUUGAAGGACUUGUUGGGUCUCUAAAGACUUCUCAAGAUGAGGAAAUCCUUGCCGACAUUGCCGAGCAGCUUCUCACUGUCUUCUGCGAUCUUCCGGAGACUAAGAACAUCAUAAUUAGUGCCCACGGAAUGCUUCCCAUUUUGGAAAUCCUCGAUACAUCUCGCCGGCGUGACACUGUCUUCUGUCUGCUUCGAGUUGUCAACGCUAUCAUCUAUAACGACUAUGAGAUUCAGGAAAACUUAUGUUUCGUCGGUGGUAUCCCCAUUGUUAACGAGUUUGCAUCAAAGAAAUAUCCCCGUGAAAUUCGCCUGGAAGCAGCAGCCUUUGUGCAGCAAAUGUAUCAAACAUCGACCCUGACGCUCCAGAUGUUUGUCAGUGCUGGCGGUCUAAAUGUACUCGUUGAGUUCCUCGAAGAUGACUACGAAGACGAGCGCGAUCUUGUCUUAAUCGGAGUGAACGGAAUCUGGAGCGUUUUCGAGCUACAGGGCUCUACGCCAAAAAAUGAUUUUUGUAGGAUUCUGUCACGUAAUUCUGUGCUUGAUCCUCUCUCUCUUGUUCUCAGUCGGGUCUUAGAUGAAGAAGGAGAGCUUGCUGAAAUAAUUGAGGGCCGUAUCGCCAACAUUUUCUUCAUUUUCUCGCAGGCCGAGAACCAUGUCAAGGAAAUGGUGGCUGAGCGGACAGUUCUGCAUAGAGUUCUUAAGGAAUUGCGACGGAUGUCACCAGUCCAUCAAGUUACGAUGCUCAAGUUUAUCAAGAACUUGUCCAUGCUGUCUACUACCUUGGACUCUUUGCAAAAUUCCAAUGCCAUUGACGUGCUAACUGAGUUGCUUCGAUCAACCAUGAGACGUGGCCAUUUCAGAGAGGUUUCGAAUCAGAUUCUCAACACCAUCUACAAUAUGUGUCGUCUGAAUAAGACUCGACAGGAGGAUGCCGCUCUUAAUGGCAUUGUGCCGCUACUACAAAAGAUCGUCAAGACUGAACGACCAUUGAAGGAGUUUGCUCUGCCUAUUCUCUGUGAUAUGGCCCAGUCUGGCAAGGUCGGCCGCCGGGAAUUAUGGCGCAAUAAGGGCCUGCCUUUUUAUAUAUCGCUCCUUGCUGAUCCAUACUGGCAGGUUACUGCGUUGGAUGCUAUUUUCACUUGGCUUCAGGAAGAAACUGCCAAAGUUGAGGAGCAUCUCUUGGAAAAUUGCCAGGAGAAAAUGUCCUUUACUGAUGCCAUUGUACGGUGUUUGACCCUUUCAAAAGCUAAUUCCUUCGAGAAUCUCCUCGAACCUUUGCAAAAAUUACUCCGGUUGAGUCCACCGGUAGCAUCAACCUUUGCUCGCGCAGACCUCUUUGCUAGACUUGGACAGAAACUCCACCAUAACAAAGCCGCGGUUCGACUGAACCUCCUGCGUAUCAUCUCGAGCAUUUGUGAUUCCACUGAGCAGCAGGGAGGCCUUCUUGCUGCCUACGGCUUACUGGAAGCCAUCAGGGAGCUUGAGAAUGAUCCGGCUAUCCUGGUCAGAGACAUGGCUGGCAAGCUGAUCCAAUCAAGUGAGAAGAGCGACAGCUUCGGCGCGAAGCGCAGGCCAACAAGCCGCAGGAAAAGUACUUCAACCACUCCACCUAAUCCAUUCUCUAGCUCCACCCCUUCUACCCCCCAGGCGAAUCGCACCAGCCAGUCGCGAGGGUUUUUCGAAGGGCGCGAGACUCCCCGUCACCCUCGAAACAACUUGAGUGGAUCCUCACUGGCUCUCCGCCCUGGAAGCCGCGAUGGCAAUGCCUCCUCUCUGAGCUCUGGUCUUAACGGUAGUGCUGCAGCACCUCGAUCCCGAAUGCGGGGCAUGUCUAACAGACUCUCUCAUGUUGAUCUACUGCCAGACGAUAAUGGAAAGCCUCCAAGUUCCCUUAGCCGUCGACCUUCUAUUAUUCCGCGGCGGCGACGUCCCACAAUUGCCGAUUCUGAAUGGACUUGA